AUGGCGGCGUCUGGGGAACCCGGCCGGCAGUGGCAGGAGGAGGUGGCGGCGGUGGUAGUGGUGGGCUCCUGCAUGACCGACCUGGUCAGCCUUACUUCUCGUUUGCCCAAAACUGGUGAAACCAUUCAUGGACAUAAGUUUUUUAUUGGCUUUGGAGGGAAAGGUGCCAACCAGUGUGUCCAAGCUGCUAGGCUCGGAGCAAAGACAUCCAUGGUAUGCAAGGUUGGCAAAGAUUCUUUUGGCAACGAUUAUAUAGAAAACUUAAAACAGAAUGAUAUUUCUACAGAAUUUACAUAUCAGACUCAAGAUGCUGCUACAGGAACUGCUUCUAUAAUUGUCAAUAAUGAAGGCCAGAAUAUCAUCAUAAUAGUGGCCGGAGCAAAUUUACUUUUGAAUACUGAAGACCUGAGGGAAGCAGCCAAGGCCAUCAGCAGAGCCAAAGUAAUGAUCUGCCAGCUAGAAGUAACUCCAGAAACUUCUUUGGAAGCCCUGACCAUGGCCCACAGCAAUGGAGUGAAAACAUUGUUCAAUCCAGCUCCUGCCAUUGCUGACCUGGAUCCUCGCUUCUACGCCCUCUCAGAUGUGUUCUGCUGCAAUGAAACUGAGGCUGAGAUCCUAACUGGCCUCACGGUCAACAGCCCUGCAGACACUGGGAAGGCUGCACAGGUGCUCUUGGAAAGGGGGUGCCAGGUCGUAAUCAUCACCUUAGGUGCUGAAGGCUGUGUGAUGCUGUCACAGACAGAACCUGUCCCAAAGCACAUCCCCACAGAGAAGGUCAAGGCUGUGGAUACCACGGGUGCUGGUGACAGUUUUGUGGGGGCUCUGGCCUUCUACCUGGCUUACUACCCCAAUCUGUCCUUGGAAGAAAUGCUCAAGAGAGCCAAUUUCAUCGCAGCAGUCAGCGUCCAGGCUGCAGGAACACAGUCAUCUUAUCCAUACAAAAAAGACCUGCCACUUGAUCUGUUUUGA